GAGAUGAUCCUGAGGCAGUUUACUUGGAGCCUUAAAUAUUUGAAUAAGGGAUGGUUUAUGAUGGUUAAUGGAAAUAUGGAUUAAGACAGGGUAGAGGUAUGGUAUUGAUUGAAUAUGUCAGGAAGACAAGUUUGGAAGGAAGGUAGUUAUUAUGAAGGAUAUUGGAAAAAUAGUUGUGCACAUGGUCAUGGUAGAUUAAUACAUGCAGAUGGAGAUUAUUAUGAAGGAGAAUGGGAUAAUGAUAAAGGUUAUUUUUGUUAAUAUAAUAGCGCAUGGUUAGGGGAAAUAUGUUCACGCAGAUGGGGCAAGUUAUGAAGGUAGUUGGAAAGAUGAUAAGUAAGAUGGAUUAGGACAUGAAAUAUGGCCAGAUGGUACAAGUUAUAAAGGAGCUUACAUUUAAAGCAAAAAGGAAGGACAUGGGAUUUUCAAAUGGCCAGAUGGAUCAUAUUAUGAGGGGGAAUUUUUAGAUAAUGCAAUACAUGGAAUGGGGACAUACGUUUGGGGGGAUGGAAGAACAUAUAUUGGAUAAUGGAGAUAAAAUAAAAUGCCUGGAUUAGGAGAGUUUAAAUGGGCAGAUGGAAGAAGAUACAAAGGAUCCUAUCAGAAUGAUAAGAAACAGGGCUAUGGAACAUUUGAUUGGCGUAAAUCUGAAUAAUAGCCUAAUAGCUGAUGGAUCUAAAUAUGUAGGAGAGUGGUACGACGGUAAACAACAUGGGCUCGGUUCAGUUGUUGAUGAAAAAGGUGAAGAACACAGAGGGAGAUGGGAUAAUGGCACAUUAUUGGAAUGGAUUACUUAAAAGGAUUGA